CUUUCUUUGUUUUUCCUGAAAUCGCCAGACUUUUCCUUAACUAUCAAAGUAGUCUUCACGUUCCUGACCAGCCUGGCAUUUAUUGUGUCCUUCUUCGGUAACUCGAUGGUGAUCUAUAUAAUCAGAAAGGAUCAGCUAUUGAAGUCCACUACAUUCCUUCUAAUACUCAACAUGGCCUGUGGAGACUUGGUAACGACUUCAAUGACGUCCCCGCCAUUAAUCAAGUUCUUGUUUGUUGGAUUAGUUUGGAUUCCUGGGACUUUUGGAGGUUUGCUAUGCAAGCUGAAUUUCUAUCUCGUUUUGGUCGCUCUCCUGGGCUGUAGUUUUAGCCUGGUUGGGAUACAAACAGAUCGCUUUUUGGCUGUGAUCCGACCACUGAAGCACCAACCUUGGUCCAAAUUCACAAAGGUUAUUAUUCCCGCAAUAUGGCUCGCGGCUAUUUUACUUCCCAUACACAUGUGGCACGAAAUUGGCGGUAAAAGUUCCUCGAGUUCAAGACUGAACAUCUCAGUCUGCGACGUAGAACAAGUUCCAUUAAGUAUGGUGAUCACGCUGAGCAUAUGCUUUCUACUUCCAUUCACAGUGAUGCUAAUACUUUACCCAAUCAUCAUCUAUCAUCUGUGGACAAGGCACGUUCCUGGAGAACCGAGCGCUUUGCAACAACAGAAAGCAAAUCGUAUGGCACGGAAAAUCACCAAAAUGAUGAUUGCUGUUGUACUUUCUUUCUUUAUCUGUUGGGCACCGCAAUUUAUUUUCGUCUGGAUACAUCCUCUGGCUAGAGAGCUGGCACGCACUUUACCCAUCUGGUUAAUUCCAUUUAUCCUUUGGCUACAAGUGCUUAACUCUGCCAUGAAUCCUGUUCUCUAUGCGAUCUUUAGCGAACCUUUUAGACUUGGCUUCAGGAAAGUUAUAUUUCGUAACAUUUUACCGGGACGCAACGCACAAGUCGUGCAAAGUGCACAUCAAAACGUUCAUCAAAGGUAUCAGAAUCCAAUUCAAAACAUAGCACUUGUAAGAUUUCAUAAUAGCGCAGGCCUGCAGAGAUAA